GCCACUUUAUAAUUUCACACAACAUAAAUUUCAUUUUAUACUAAAUUAAACAUUGUAUUAUAAUAUAGCAACAUGAAUUAUAUAUUGUGCUUGGGCAUUGUAAUGCUAUGUGGUGCGAAUGUAUGUCGAUCUGCAAACGUGAACAUCACGAUAGAAGUUAUGAAAAAGGAUAACUCUAGCGUUAAAGUCACCCUAACUCCAGGUAUCAUCACCAGCAUCGAAACGUUAAGUAACGUAACUGUGACCAAGGAUAAACAACCAUUCUAUAGCUACAAGCUAGGAAGUGCCAUGAUCAAAUUCUCGACAGACAAAGUGACAAAGGGCAAGGAUGUAAACUUAAAUUGCUCAUUUACCCUCCAGAAAGGGUCUGACUCACUUAAUUCAGUGCGACUAUACAAAGACAAUGGCUUAUUCUAUAGCACAGACUACGAGGAGUAUAAACCUAUAAGAGGUGUUGAGAAGUAUAAGCAACCAGAUUUAAAACUAUUUGACGGCACUAAAUUAACUGGUGCCCUCACCACCACUAUUCAGAAUGUGACCAAGGAUACAGCCGGUAAAUAUAAGUGUGAAGUGGAGUUCUAUAAUGGUACUAGGUGGCUCAUGCAAGUUGAGUCAUCCCUGUCCAAUGCCUACCAACACUUGUUGUCAUACGUGUUGGCGAUUAUGUGUAGUAUUGGCUUAAAUAUAAGCAAGGACGGACAGGUAUUUUACAGAUACGACAAUCGCACUAAAAACCUGCCUAUCUUUAAGCAAAUACCCGGUAUAAAUAAAAUCGUGAGUUUGUCUCCGGGUAUUUUCAUAAUCAACAAUAUAAACAAGACAACUGCCGGUCACUACGUGUGCACCGUUUACUACAACAACAACCGGUCCUUCAGUUCCCGUGAUUUCAAUAUACGUAUUCAUGUGAAUACAGUCACAUUUUUGAGCCAGUCAAGUGACCCGGGUAAAUAUGACCAACACGUCCAUAAGAUGUAUUUACACAGACAUGAGGCGCGACCCAUGAAGCGGAGAAGUACCCCGGAGAAUGUAACCCUCGCUAUAACUCCUCAUAAAAUCACGAAGGGAAGGGAUGUAAAGCUGAGGUGUGGUUACCAUUUGGUGCCAAUUAAUGAUGCGUUUAUUGAUAUUAGACUUUACAAACACAAUCAACUAUUCCUCAGACAAAUCAAUGCAACGAAC